UUAUUUCCAGAACACUGCUCUCGAUACCACACAGACAGAGAGAUAAGAGUUUGGCGGAAUGAAUCGACCAGUUGUGAAAAUCCUGACAACGGUGUUUGCGUGCAUCUUAGAAACAAGCAACUUCAGGUUAGCUUUCUCCAAGGAACAUGAUUCCAGGUCUUCAACCAAACCGGCCUCGCAGACCAUGUCCCCCUCAGAUUUUCUGGACAAGCUGAUGGGAAGGACGUCAGGAUACGACGCCCGAAUCAGACCGAAUUUUAAAGGUCCUCCAGUAAACGUUACAUGCAAUAUUUUUAUCAACAGUUUCGGCUCUGUCACGGAAACUACAAUGGACUACAGAGUGAACAUCUUCCUGCGACAAGCAUGGAGCGAUCCACGAUUAGCCUAUAGCGAAUACCCAGAUGAUUCCUUAGAUCUGGAUCCUUCCAUGUUGGAUUCCAUCUGGAAGCCUGAUUUGUUCUUUGCUAAUGAAAAGGGAGCCAACUUUCACGAAGUGACAACAGACAAUAAACUGCUUCGCAUUUUUAAAAAUGGAAAUGUUUUGUACAGUAUCAGGCUGACGUUAACAUUAUCUUGCCCAAUGGACCUGAAAAAUUUUCCAAUGGAUGUGCAAACAUGUGCAAUGCAGUUGGAGAGCUUUGGAUACACAAUGAACGACCUGAUAUUCGAGUGGCUGGAACAAGGUGCAGUGCAGGUUGCAGAUGGUCUGACUCUACCACAGUUUCUUUUGAAGGAUGAGAAGGAGCUAGGAUAUUGCACAAAGCAUUAUAAUACAGGAAAAUUUACCUGCAUUGAAGUUAAGUUCCAUUUGGAAAGACAGAUGGGUUAUUACUUAAUCCAGAUGUACAUUCCCAGUCUGCUGAUUGUCAUACUCUCCUGGGUCUCAUUCUGGAUUAACAUGGACGCAGCACCAGCAAGAGUAGCUUUGGGCAUCACAACAGUACUGACGAUGACCACACAGAGUUCUGGCUCGCGAGCUUCACUUCCAAAGGUUUCAUAUGUCAAAGCCAUAGAUAUUUGGAUGGCGGUGUGCCUGCUCUUUGUGUUUUCUGCCUUGUUGGAGUAUGCCGGUGUAAACUUUGUUUCACGCCAGCACAAAGAAUUUUUACGCCUGAGAAGAAAACAGAGACGACAAAAUAAGGAUGAAGACUUGACUCGGGAGAGCCGCUUUAACUUCAGUGGAUAUGGGGUAGGCCAUUGUCUACAGGUCAAGGAUGGCACCGCAGUCAAAACAGUAGCUCCGACUCCACCACCACAACCCAAGGACGCAGAAGCCGUCAGGAAGAAAUUUGUCGACAGAGCGAAAAGGAUUGACAUGAUAUCCCGUGCUGCCUUCCCUCUGGCUUUCCUCAUUUUUAACAUCUUUUACUGGAUUACAUACAAAAUUAUACGACACGAAGAUGUCCAUCAGCAGUAGUCAGUAGGCAGUACGCCCUACCCGAAGCGUUGUCCUCGGCUGGACUGUGCGUGACUAAGUAAUGCUAAAUUUUAUCUCUGUUGUUCACUGUCUCUCAAAAAAUGACCAGCCCAGAAUGAAGAAAAGCUGAAUGUUUGCAUUCUGUUGGGACAGCAAUAGAAUGCAAAACUUUGAAAUCCUGAAAUAAGGGCGUACUGUACUGCAUUGUCUUUUGGGACAUCUUCUUCCAGUGUCUGCCCUUGACUGAGUUUUUUUUUCUCUCUGUAAACUUCCCCAUUGCCAGUGAGGUAAACUAACCCACUAUACCAUGUUAAAGGACAGGGUUUUCUGGGGAGGGAGUGGGUGGGGUGGGGAGGAGGAAGAAAUAGUAAGGUGAAGAAAGCAAGUGAAAGUUGUUUCAUAUUUUUAAGGAGUGGUAAUUUUUAAUGGAUAUGCAAUGGAAACAAGAUAUCACUUUUCUUUUCAAAGAUUGGUAUGUUUACAAUGGUUCCAGUACAAUGAAUCAAGAGCGGACCAAAAUUUUACAAGAAACCACUGCCUUUAUAUUAAAACAAUACCCAACUGAGCUGCAUUCUAUUCCUUGUAGAUGUUAGUGGUUCACCAGGAUCAUUUUGUGAUUUGAAGAAUUCUUUCUACAUAUAUAUGUAUAAAAACAAAAUUAAUACUUUGAUAUUCUAGUGGAACAUUUUAAUAUUUUUCACACCAGGAAGGAAGAACAUUAAUAUUUGAACUGAAGUAUUAAAAUAAUGUUUCAUGCUAUGUGAUUUAUUUAAAGGCACAUAAUCAGAUUGUAACCAUUUCUUAAUUUUUGAUUUGAACCUUUAGGAAGGUUCUCACUGCUUUAAAAAGAUUCUGUUGCCUAAUUCACGUGCAUUUCAAGGGUCCAAACUGUAAAUUCCUUGCUGUGCAACUUGCACCAAUGUAUAUUUAAUAAGAUUGUUGUUUCCUUAAUGAUGUGGCUCAGUUUAUCAAUGUAUAGGUCUUAACGCUGUAGCUUUUUAUGUUAAUAUAGGAGAAACAAGUAGCAUUUAGAUUGGUUAUUGUGUCAAACAAUAUUAAACUCUUCUAAUUUAUUCCUUGUUUAAUCUGCCUCUGAUAUAAAAUGUUUAUUGUUUUCUAAUUUAAUAUAAGUAACAUAAUUUACUGGUCUGAAGAAGAAGAGAAAAUUAUGUCAGGAGUCUUUGUACUGUUGUGAUAUUUUGGGGAACUGAGAGACUAGUGAUUUAUUCUUCCCAUCCAGCUUCCAUCUUUAACAAACUAUUAAACAUUAGUGUUUUGAAAUUCAAUCCCACUUGGUAGUAUUUCAUGUCAGAGUAUUGUAUUCUGCUU